AUGAUGAACCAUCAGUAUCAUCCAACGGCCAUUGCAUUAAGUUACUCCUACGAAUUAAUUAAAGAGAUCGCUGAUUUCUUAUUGGAGCGCACCGACAUUCGUCCCAAGGUUGGCAUAAUUUGCGGUUCGGGUCUAAACUCUAUGGCCGAUCACAUCACAGACACGCAAGCUUUCGACUACAAGGACAUCCCGCAUUUUCCUGUCUCUACAGUUGAGGGUCAUGUGGGUCGCAUGAUUUUUGGCUAUCUAGAAGGCAUGCCUGUGGUGGCCAUGCAGGGUCGCUUCCACUACUACGAAGGUUAUCCGCUAGCCAAGUGUUCUAUGCCUGUGCGCGUCAUGAA